CCUCACUUGCUAUAAUAAGAGAGUGAUCUAACAGGGCAGAAAAGAAGGUCCACGGUGGGUCUGAUGUGGGCUCACAUAAGUGUUUCUACCUCAGGACGGGGCACAUCAGCGAGACUGACAGCAGGGCAAAGACAGGAUUUCAAAUUGUUAAUCUAGAUCAUCAUCAUGCCUGUUCCACAUACUGAAGUAUCCAGGGAAAAAGAGCAACAGCAGCCCGCCUCGGACACAGAAAGAGCAUGUCUGAACCUGGGAAAGAAGAUCAGUGUUCCUCGGGAUCUGAUGAUGGAGGAGCUUAAACUGAGGUCCAACCGAGGAUCUAUAAUGUUUCACGAGAGACUCAAACGAGUGGAGAGGUUCACCUUGGAGAACAUUGCACAUGGACACCUCAAUCCCUUAGAGGAAAACCUUCUAGGCCAAAGUGCCACAGAAGGGGAGCAAGGAAGUGAGCAAUUCACCUCUGAAAUCUACAUCACCCAGCCUGGAAAGAACAGCCUGGUCACCACACUCAAGCAAACAGUGGCUAAAAAAGGAAACCCAAGCAUGCUUGCACCUGGUUAUGGGGGGCCUCUGAAAGAGGUUCCUCCAGAAAAGUUCAACGUCACAGUGAUUCCCAAGUCUUACCAAUCGCCAUGGGAGAAAAAGCCCAUUGACCGUGAAACACUUCUGGCUGCUCUCAAUGCUCAACUGCCUGAGCCACCUUACAAACUCACCCCAGCCGACUACAAAUGUUUCAACAGAGCUCCCAUACCGUUUGGUGGGACAGCAGGCACCGCGAGGACUCUGCCUCUUCCUGGCUUUGAGAUGCUGCAAGCUCACACAGAGCCAUGUCUGACCUGGGACAGGAUGUGCCAUCGGCCCAAUUUCAACCGUACACCACAGUGCUGGGGGACCCAGUACACCGUAGAGUCUCCAGAUCUGUAAAGCCGAAUUACUAAACCUUUUCACUGAACUAAAGAUAAUGAGCUUUGAAGUGAAGACUGUUAGCUGAGCCAUUUUGAGCAAACAAAUACCAAAUUAAGGUUUACAUAUAUUGUCGUGCUAUAACAAGGUUUACAUAAACAUUUACACAACAUUUGAAAAUGUGAAGCUUCUUUAAUGUAACCACAAGCAGGACAGCUGUACUUAAAAAAAAAAAGAAAAGAAAAUGUGUAAAAUAAUUGAGGACGAUACACUUUGUACUGUAUAUUAUCAGGGGAAGAGAGCGACACAAGUGUGAACUGUGGUUGAAUAUUCUAGAGGUGUAGGACAAUAAAAGUUUCAAAAACCCAAAUAAA